UCAGUACUUUCAACACCACACCACUCACCGUACAAGCAUUCACACAAUACCAUGCCUUCCUCGUCUGGGACCAGGGAUAAAAGCCCUCUGGCGGUGCUUCUCGAUUCCGGACGAAUCAAUCCAACGUUAGAAAAAGAUGUCAGAUUAGAAGACUAUCUCAACGACAAAAUCCAGACGAGUACCGACUUUAGCAAUCUCAAAAGCCUCUUAGAAAAUAUCGACCUGCAGAAGAAGCAGCUGGAAAAGCAGCUUCAAGAUGCCAAAUCCAAGCUGCAGGAAGCCAGACAGAGCUCCGCGAACUAUAACUCCACAAUGCUCCAGCAGACUCAAGAGUUCGAUCGUCAGCAAGCCAGUGUCCAAAAACGACUCAUGAUAGUGACAAAUGCGCAUACACCCGAAGAAGCUGCGAACCGUUUGCGGGGUCCUAUGGAGAAGCUCCGAAAGGUUGAGCUGGCUAAUUCUUACGUGGAAAUGCUACAAGAAGUCGACGAUUUGGCAAAGGACGCCAGAUCACAUCUUCCUGCGCACCCCAAGGAAGCUUUGAGGCCGUACAUUCAUCUGAAGGAGCUUGCUUUAAGCUUGGUCGAACUACAAGGCCUGGCAGAAGGAGCAGCACCACACUUGGUCAGGCACGUACAAAAUACGACAAAGCGAUUAUGGGUAGAUAUGAAGAGGAUAAUGACGGAUGAAUUCGAAGCUAUACUCAAAGCAUCGAAUUGGCCAGAGAAUGCUCCUGAGCUCACAAGAGAGUGGAGCGAUUGCUUUGAGAGACUCUUGGAUUUACAAUCGCCCGAGAUUUUGGCUGCCCGGGAGCCUAUUGUACUUCUUCCUAUGGAGGUCCUUUGUAGGAACUUUGUUCUACAAUUUCGGUAUCAUUUUUUCGGUAAUAGAGAUACAGCUCAGACGAAACAUCUUGGGUCUUACUUUUUUGAAUGGUUCCUCGGAACUGUUUCAAAAUGGGAGGACUUCCUGCGCGAAAAUGUAACUCCUGUACUCGCUGCUCACUUCAGGGGCAGUAAAUUAGCAGGUAACAGCUUACACGUAAACUCUAUCGCUGCGUUUAUCACUGCAAUGCUACCAGUAGUGAAGGAGAAAGUCGACUUGCUUCUUCUUGAAAUAUCCAAUGAGCCUCGUCAUUUAAGCAAGUUCAUACAUCAACUGAUGCUUUUUGACGACGCUGUGAGGUCCAGGUUUAAUUAUGAUGGAGGAAACAUUGACUGUGGAUGGAAAGGGCUACUCUGGGAUGUUCUAGACACAUGGUUCGAUCGGUGGUCGCAAGUCGAGAAGGAGUUUGCUCUUGAGAGAUACCGAGAGAUUAUCCAGUCUGAGGACAGUGGGCAAAUCGACUACGACAGUGCCUCCUCGGGAAAGACCAAAACUACGCAUGGUGCAACGAAAGUUGCAGACCUUCUCCAAUCCGUCACCGAGCAGUAUAACAAGUUGCGCAGGUUCUCCCAUAAAGUGCGAUUCUUAAUAACCAUACAAGCGGAGAUCCUCGAUCAAUAUCUGGGACGACUAGCUGAUUCAUUAGAACGUUACAUGUCUGUAACUACAACUGUUGGUCGUACUCUGCAUGGUGUUACGAGAGAGGAGCGUGCGAGACUUGAAGGCGUUGGUGGACUAGAAAGCCUAUGCAGAGUUUAUGGCAGCGCGGAUCAUAUCAUUGCAAAGCUGAAGGAAAUGAUUAAUGAUGAGUUCUUCGUAGACCUAUGGGAGGUGCUGCAAGAGAGAGCCAAGGUCACUAGCACAACCGACAGGCUUGUUGGCUCGAUGAGCUAUAAUGAAGUCAAAGACUGUACCUCUAAUGCUGUCGGCUCAACGGAAGAAGGCUCCGUAUUUGAUGUUACUAUAGCAGCCUACCAGCGCCUCGCAAGUCGGACAGAGGAUCUCAUCACUCAAGCGAUGAAAUAUGCCCUACCAAACUCGUUCAAAGCUUAUCUUACCAAACCAGAAUGGACCACAAUCGGCGAGGUAUCAACAUCUCGCACAGCUUCAAUAACCAUAACAGCCGAGUUGGAUCAACCACUCCAGACCCUAAAAGAAAAUUCAAUAUUUCUCAGAGAUACAAUAUCCUAUGCAGCAUAUCGCCGCAUCUGGCGCGAAUGCUUCGACACACUGCAAGAUCUCCUUUUCCAAGAAGUUCUCCUAAAGCAAAGCUUCACAACCCUCGGUGCUGCAAGGUUAAUGGGAGACAUUGACGCCAUUCAAAGUGUAGUCGAUUCUACUUCCAGAGGGGCCACGUCGGCUCUGAGUAUGCCGAAGUUGAAGGAUGGUGUUACAUUACUGAACGUUCCGCUUGAAGCAGCCGAGGGGGGGAUGUCUCUGAAGGAAGUCUAUGAAAAAGUAUGUUCGGGAGCACAGUACGAUGAGGUUUUUGAGCAGUUGGGCCUUACGAGGUUGACCAGUCUGGAGGCGAGGAAGAUUAUGCAGAAUCGGAUUGAGGCAGUCGCAUCCUCAGAACCAGGUUUUUAG